GGUAUACUGUCAGACAUGGUCAUCCAGAGAGAAGAAGUUGAAAAUCAAUGGAAGCAGAAGUUUGAGUUGGACAAACAAGAUCUUUACAAAUUGAAGUCAGAGCUGAAGCAAGACAGAGAGGAUCUGGAUAGAGAGAAUGAGAUGAUGAACAAAGAGAGACUGGACUUGGAGCUGAUGAGGUCUGACAUCCUGAAACAAAGUGACAUAUUAGAACAAGUGAUACAAGAUAUAAAAGAGGAAAAAGACAAACUGGAAAUCACAAAGACUGAGCUACAACAGAAGAAAGAACAUGCAGACAGUCAGUUUGAUGAGAUCAACAGAGAGAAAACCAACAUUAAAGAUCUGACCCUUCAGCUUCAGAAAGAAAGGGACAAACUUGACAAUAUCAUGAACAUGAUUACCUUAAAACAAGAACAACAACAACUCAAGGAAGAAGAGUUCAAAAGACAAACACAAGAACUGGAAACCAGUAAGAACAGUGUACUGGUAGAAAGAAAGGAACUGGAACUUUUGAGGAAGGAUCUCAACAGGAAGAAAGAAGAGAUUGGAGCUGCCAUGAACACCAUCAGUGGAGAGAGAGAACAACUCAAUCAGAUGAAGAGUAGUACUGACAUGGACAGACAAAGGCUCGAGAAUGAAAAGGUCAGAAUGGAAGGAGAAAGGUCUGAGCUAACAAUAAGAGAAGAUCAACUCUUGAAUGAAAUUAAAUCACUAGAAAAUCUGAGGGAAAAACUGCAACAGCUGAAUGAAAGGAUGAGUGAAGACGUGAAAAACAAAAUCAUGAGACUGGAACAAAACAAUGAAGACUUACUGAAGCUGUUGAGUGUUUUGGAGCAAAAGCAUGAGGCUCUGGAUAAACUGAAGGAAAAUAUGUCAUCUUACACUGAGAUAUUAGAGAGAGAAAAAGAAGGGUUGAAGAGUAUGUUGUCAGAAAUUGUCAUGCAAAGACAAGAAAUGGCCAAACGACUGAAACAAGAGGCUGAGUUGGAAAAGACACAUCUUAUAGAACUAAAGGCAGGGCAGAAACAAGACAGAGAGGAUCUGGAUAGAGAGAGUGAGAUGAUGAACAAAGAUAAACUGGAAAUGGAGCUGAUGAGGUCUGACAUCCUGAAACAAAGUGACAUAUUAGAACAAGUGAUACAAGAUCUAAAAGAGGAAAAAGACAAACUGGAAAUCACAAAGACUGAGCUACAACAGAAGAAAGAACAUGCAGACAGUCAGUUUGAUGAGAUCAACAGAGAGAAAACCAACAUUAAAGAUCUGACCCUUCAGCUUCAGAAAGAAAGAGACAAUCUUGACAAUGUCAUGAACAUGAUUACCUUAAAACAAGAAGAACAACAACGCAAGGAAGAAGAGUUCAAAAGACAAACACAAGAACUGGAAACCAGUAAGAACAGUGUACUGGUAGAAAGAAAGGAACUGGAACUUUUGAGGAAGGAUCUCAACAGGAAGAAAGAAGAGAUUGGAGCUGCCAUGAACACCAUCAGUGGAGAGAGAGAACAACUCAAUCAGAUGAAGAGUAGUACUGACAUGGACAGACAAAGGCUCGAGAAAGAAAAGGUCAGAAUGGAAGGAGAAAGGUCUGAGCUAACAAUAAGAGAAGAUCAACUCUUGAAUGAAAUUAAAUCACUAAAAACUCUAAGGGAAAAAAUACAACAGCUAAAUGAAAAGAUGAGUGAAGACAUGAAAAACAAAAUGGAAAGAUUACAACAAAACAAUCAAGACAUACUAAUGCUGUACACUGUAUUGGAACAAAAGCUUACAGCUCUAGAUGUUCAGAAAGAGAACCUGGCUGGAUACAGUGACCUGUUAGAGAGAGAAAAGAAAAGUCUGAUAGGUAUACUGUCAGACAUGGUCAUCCAGAGAGAAGACGUUGAAAAUCAAUGGAAGCAGAAGUUUGAGUUGGACAAACAAGAUCUUUACAAAUUGAAGUCAGAGCUGAAGCAAGACAGAGAGGAUCUGGAUAGAGAGAAAGAGAUGAUGAACAAAGAGAAACUGGACAUGGAGCUGAUGAGGUCUGACAUCCUGAAACAAAGUGACAUAUUAGAACAAGCGAUACAAGAUAUAAAAGAGGAAAAAGACAAACUGGAAAUCACAAAGACUGAGCUACAACAGAAGAAAGAACAUGCAGACAGUCAGUUUGAUGAGAUCAACAGAGAGAAAACCAACAUUAAAGAUCUGACCCUUCAGCUUCAGAAAGAAAGAGACAAUCAUGACAAUAUCAUGAACAUGAUUACCUUAAAACAAGAACAACAACAACUCAAGGAAGAAGAGUUCAAAAGACAAACACAAGAACUGGAAACCAGUAAGAACAGUGUACUGGUAGAAAGAAAGGAACUGGAACUUUUGAGGAAGGAUCUCAACAGGAAGAAAGAAGAGAUUGGAGCUGCCAUGAACACCAUCAGUGGAGAGAGAGAACAACUCAAUCAGAUGAAGAGUAGUACUGACAUGGACAGACAAAGGCUCGAGAAAGAAAAGGUCAGAAUGGAAGGAGAAAGGUCUGAGCUAACAAUAAGAGAAGAUCAACUCUUGAAUGAAAUGAAAUCUCUAGAACAUCUGAGGGAAAAACUGCAACAGCUGAAUGAAAGGAUGAGUGAAGACGUGAAAAACAAAAUCAUGAGACUGGAACAAAACAAUGAAGACUUACUGAAGCUGUUGAGUGUUUUGGAGCAAAAGCAUGAGGCUCUGGAUAAACUGAAGGAAAAUAUGUCAUCUUACACUGAGAUAUUAGAGAGAGAAAAAGAAGGGUUGAAGAGUAUGUUGUCAGAAAUUGUCAUGCAAAGACAAGAAAUGGCCAAACGACUGAAACAAGAGGCUGAGUUGGAAAAGACACAUCUUAUAGAACUAAAGGCAGGGCAGAAACAAGACAGAGAGGAUCUGGAUAGAGAGAGUGAGAUGAUGAACAAAGAGAAACUGGAAAUGGAGCUGAUGAGGCCUGACAUCCCCAAACAAAGUGACAUAUUAGAACAAGUGAUACAAGAUAUAAAAGAGGAAAAAGACAAACUGGAAAUCACAAAGACUGAGCUACAACAGAAGAAAGAACAUGCAGACAGUCAGUUUGAUGAGAUCAACAGAGAGAAAACCAACAUUAAAGAUCUGACCCUUCAGCUUCAGAAAGAAAGAGACAAACUUGACAAUGUCAUGAACAUGAUUACCUUAAAACAAGAACAACAACAACGCAAGGAAGAAGAGUUCAAAAGACAAACACAAGAACUGGAAACCAGUAAGAACAGUGUACUGGUAGAAAGAAAGGAACUGGAACUUUUGAGGAAGGAUCUCAACAGGAAGAAAGAAGAGAUUGGAGCUGCCAUGAACACCAUCAGUGGAGAGAGAGAACAACUCAAUCAGAUGAAGAGUAGUACUGACAUGGACAGACAAAGGCUCGAGAAAGAAAAGGUCAGAAUGGAAGGAGAAAGGUCUGAGCUAACAAUAAGAGAAGAUCAACUCUUGAAUGAAAUUAAAUCACUAAAAACUCUGAGGGAAAAAAUACAACAGCUAAAUGAAAAGAUGAGUGAAGACGUGAAAAACAAAAUGGAAAGAUUACAACAAAACAAUCAAGACGUACUAAUGCUGUACACUGUAUUGGAACAAAAGCUUACAGCUCUAGAUGUUCAGAAAGAGAACCUGGCUGGAUACAGUGACCUGUUAGAGAGAGAAAAGAAAAGUCUGAUAGGUAUACUGUCAGACAUGGUCAUCCAGAGAGAAGAAGUUGAAAAUCAAUGGAAGCAGAAGUUUGAGUUGGACAAACAAGAUCUUUACAAAUUGAAGUCAGAGCUGAAGCAAGACAGAGAGGAUCUGGAUAGAGAGAAUGAGAUGAUGAACAAAGAGAAACUAGACUUGGAGCUGAUGAGGUCUGACAUCCUGAAACAAAGUGACAUAUUAGAACAAGUGAUACAAGAUAUAAAAGAGGAAAAAGACAAACUGGAAAUCACAAAGACUGAGCUACAACAGAAGAAAGAACAUGCAGACAGUCAGUUUGAUGAGAUCAACAGAGAGAAAACCAACAUUAAAGAUCUGACCCUUCAGCUUCAGAAAGAAAGAGACAAACUUGACAAUAUCAUGAACAUGAUUGCCUUAAAACAAGAACAACAACAACUCAAGGAAGAAGAGUUCAAAAGACAAACACAAGAACUGGAAACCAGUAAGAACAGUGUACUGGUAGAAAGAAAGGAACUGGAACUUUUGAGGAAGGAUCUCAACAGGAAGAAAGAAGAGAUUGAAGCUGCCAUGAACACAAUCAGUGGAGAGAGAGAACAACUCAAUCAGAUGAAGAGUAGUACUGACAUGGACAGACGAAGGCUCGAGAAUGAAAAGGACAGAAUGGAAGGAGAAAGGUCUGAGCUGACAAUAAGAGAGAUCAACUCUUGAAUGAAAUUAAAUCUCUAGAACAUCUGAGGGAAAAACUGCAACAGCUGAAUGAAAGGAUGAGUGAAGACGUGAAAAACAAAAUCAUGAGACUGGAACAAAACAAUGAAGACUUACUGAAACUGUUGAGUGUUUUGGAGCAAAAGCAUGAGGCUCUGGAUAAACUGAAGGAAAAUAUGUCAUCUUACACUGAGAUAUUAGAGAGAGAAAAAGAAGGGUUGAAGAGUAUGUUGUCAGAAAUUGUAAUGCAAAGACAAGAAAUGGCCAAACGACUGAAACAAGAGGCUGAGUUGGAAAAGACACAUCUUAUAGAACUAAAGGCAGGGCAGAAGCAAGACAGAGAGGAUCUGGAUAGAGAGAGUGAGAUGAUGAACAAAGAGAAACUGGAAAUGGAGCUGAUGAGGUGUGACAUCCUGAAACAAAGUGACAUAUUAGAACAAGUGAUACAAGAUCUAAAAGAGGAAAAAGACAAACUGGAAAUCACAAAGACUGAGCUACAACAGAAGAAAGAACAUGCAGACAGUCAGUUUGAUGAGAUCAACAGAGAGAAAACCAA